UGGCUUUUGUCAUUAAAAAGCUCACCAGGGCCCUCUGUAUCUUUUUCGGAUUCAUGACGUGUACGGCUCAGAUUCAAACUCUUCCGUGUGCUAGAUUCCCUCGUCCUUAUAAACUCCUCCCUCUUCAUCCCCGUUCUUUACUCUCUCAUCGUCUUUCCUCUUAUUUUUAUGUAUUUCUUUUAUUUUUUUCUCUUCUCGAUCCGAAUCGUAAAUAAUACCCAAGAUCGCGAUCUCAAAACUCUGCCAAACAGAUCUGAAACCAAAGUUUCCACACAAAAAUUCAAUCCUUCUUCUCUUCUUUUUGUUUCUUCUAAUCCAAUCUAAUUUACCGCGCUAAUAUUCAGAUCUCUGGAAGAGAAAAAAGAUAAAAGAACAAAAAAUAAACCCUAAAAAUUCAAUUUUGUAAGAGAUUGUAUAAAUACUUCGUGAAAAUCCUUUUUGGGUGUUCGUUGAAGUUGAAUAAUUUACACCUAUUUAUGGUCGUUGCUGGAUCUAAUUGUACUGGGUGGAACAAUUUCAAAGAAAUCGAAGAAACCCUAGGGGGUCUGAUGGGCAAAGAUGAGAGUGCCAAAGUUGUUGAAGAUGUAGAAGAAGGUGAAAUUUCCGAUUCAACUUCAGUGGAGGAGAUCAGUGAAGAAGAUUUUGUUAAGCAGGAGAAGCAGGAAGCUAAGGUUCCUCCCAUGGAAUCCAAAUCUAAUGGUGGAGAUGCUUCUAGGGUUUGGACGAUGCGCGACAUCUACAACUACCCUGGAUUUCGGGGCUAUGGUUCCGGGUUGGUGAACCUCGCUUGGGCUCAGGCCGUACAGAAUAAACCUCUCAAUGAGCUCUUUGUAAUGGAUGUUGAUUCCGAAGAAAAGUUGAAGCGAUCGUCGUCUUCGCUGUCUGUGAAUUCUUCUAGUAGAGAAGAUAGGAGCAAUGCGAAGGAAGUGGAUAAAGUGGUGAUUGUUGAUAGUGGUGAUGAAAUGGAUGUUGAGAAGGAAGAAGGGGAGUUGGAGGAGGGUGAGAUUGAUUUGGAUUCGGAGCCUGCAGAUAACGAAAACGCUGCGGCUGGCGAAGCCAAAGAUGGUGUUUUGAAUUCCAAUAAUAUGAACAUCGAUAGUUCAGUGACUGAUUUGAAGAAUGAUCCUCCUCUUUUUUCCCCUGAGCAGAUGAAAGAGAUAGGGGUGAUGAUAUCGUCUGUAGAUUUCCCUGAUGUUUUAGUCCGAACUAAAGCUUGUAUUAAAGAGAAUGAGAUACAGAUUAUUGGUGAGGUUAAUAAUAAGGAUUCUGAUGCUUCAGCUGUAAAUGCUAGUCAUGCACUCACUUCUUCAGCUAAUUUUGCUUCAGACUCUGCUGUUGUUCAUAAUAAUCCAAUUAUGUUGUCUGAAGUUCCAAGACCAGGAGUGUCUAGUUUAAAGGGUAGAGGGGUCCUGCUUCCCCUGUUGGACCUUCACAAGGAUCAUGAUGCAGAUAGCCUUCCUUCGCCCACACGAGAAACCCCUUCAUGUUUUCCCGUUCAGAACACAUUGGUUGUUGCUGAUGGGAUGGUAAAAUCAUUGUCAGAUACAGCUACCGCUAGGGUGGCACUGAAUGCAGAAGAUUCUAGAUUGCAUUCUUACGAAACUGAAGCUCUUAAAGCUGUAUCUUCCUAUCAACAAAAGUUUAAUCGGAGUUCUUUUCUCAUGAGUGAAAGACUUCCAAGUCCAACCCCUUCAGAAGACGGUGGUAAUGGGGAUGAUGAUACUGGUGGAGAGGUUUCUAGUUCUUCUGCUAGCAAUUUAAGAACUUCAUGUCCUCCUAUUUCAGGACGGCAAAUUGUUUCUCCUUCCCCUAUCCCUGUAGGCAGCCUCAGCAUGCAAGGACGGGCUACUGCUAAAAGUGCUGCCCCUCCGAAUUCUGAGCCUAGUAUGACCAUAAAAGCUUCAGCUAAGAGUAGAGACCCCAGGCUUCGAUUUGCCAAUUCUGAUAUGGGUGCCUUGAAUCUUAACCAACAACCCUCGACAGUAGUGCAUAGUGCACCUAAAGUGGAUUCUGUUAUAACGUUAAGCUCAAGAAAGCAAAAACCCCUGGAGGAGUCUAGAUUUGAUGGUCCUGCAUUAAAAAGGCAAAGGAAUGCAUUGGAAAACUCAGGGAUUGUUGGGGAUGCAAAAACUGCUUCUGGAAGUGGUGGCUGGUUGGAGGACAUUGGUGGCGUUGGACCUCAUUUAAAUAGCAAGAACCAGACUGUGGAGAAUGCAGAAACUGAUCCCAGAAAUGUGGUUAAGGUUUUAAGUAGUCCUAGUACUGUUGAUGGCAACACCAAUGGCCCAAACAGUGCAAAUGAGCAUGUGUCGUUGAUGGGUGCAGGCACGGCUUCCCUGCCUGAAUUAUUAAAAGAUAUCGCUGUGAAUCCAACCAUGCUGUUAAACUUACUUAAGAUGGGACAACAACAAAGGGUAGCUGCAGAAGCCCAGCAGAAGUCUGCUGAUCCUCCAAAAACUAUGACGCAUCCUACAAGCUCAAGUUCAAUACUGGUAUCAGCUGCAUUAGGGAAUGUUCCUUCAAAGACCUCAGGGAUUUUGCAGACACCUGCAGGAACACUUCCCGUUAGUUCACAAAAAGCUCUCAUGGAUGAGUCCGGAAAAGUCCGCAUGAAACCCCGCGACCCUCGCCGUGCUCUACAUGGUAAUGCACUUCAAAAGAGUGGGAGUUUGGGACAAGAGCAGUUCAGAAAUAUUGUACCGCCAUUGUUGGCCAUCCAGGGGAAUAAGGAUAAUCUGAAUGGUCAGGCGGAUAAGAAGCUAGUGACUUCACAAUCAUUAGAUGCCCCUGACAUUACACGUCAAUUCACAAAGAGUCUGAAAAAUAUUGCUGAUAUUAUGUCUGUUUCUAAUGUAUCAACAAGUCCAGCAAUAGCUUCUCAGAGUGUUUCUUCCCAACUAGUUCCAAUCAAGCCAGAGAGAAUAGAUCAGAAACCUGAGGAGCAGCGUCCGGAAAGUAUUUCUGCUUCUGAAGCAGCUGCAGCAGGUCCCUCUCGUUCGCCGGUCAUGUGGGGAGAUGUUGAACAUCUGUUUGAAGGAUAUGAUGACCAGCAAAAAGCUGCUAUCCAGAGAGAGAGAACAAGGAGGAUAGAAGAACAGAAGAAAAUGUUUGCAGCACACAAGCUCUGCCUUGUCCUAGAUCUAGAUCAUACACUUCUUAAUUCAGCUAAGUUUGUUGAAGUAGAUCCAGUACAUGAUGAGAUUUUGAGAAAGAAAGAAGAACAGGAUCGUGAAAAACCACAGCGACAUCUCUUCCGAUUUCAUCAUAUGGGAAUGUGGACCAAAUUGCGGCCUGGGAUCUGGAAUUUUUUAGAGAAGGCUAGUCAACUUUUUGAGUUGCAUCUUUACACAAUGGGGAACAAGCUAUAUGCUACGGAAAUGGCAAAAGUGCUAGAUCCAACUGGGGCCCUUUUUGCUGGACGAGUUAUUUCUAGAGGCGAUGAUGGGGACCCUGAAGAUGGUGAUGAGAGGAUUCCCAAGAGUAAGGAUCUUGAAGGAGUUUUGGGUAUGGAAUCAGCUGUUGUAAUUAUAGAUGAUUCUGUGAGGGUCUGGCCGCAUAACAAACUGAACUUGAUAGUUGUAGAACGGUAUACCUACUUUCCUUGUAGCAGACGACAAUUUGGGCUUCUAGGUCCUUCACUUCUUGAGAUUGAUCAUGAUGAGAGACAAGAAGAUGGGACUUUGGCAUCCUCAUUGGCGGUUAUUGAGAAGAUACAUCAGCUCUUUUUCUCCCAUUCCUCCCUAGAUGAAGCAGAUGUUAGAAAUAUUCUAGCCUCUGAGCAACGGAAGAUUUUGGCCGGAUGUCGUAUAGUAUUUAGCAGGGUCUUUCCAGUUGGUGAGGUCAAACCUCACCUACAUCCUCUGUGGCAGACAGCUGAGCAGUUUGGUGCUGUGUGUACCAACCAGAUUGAUGACCAGGUCACCCAUGUAGUUGCCAAUUCCCUUGGGACCGACAAGGUGAAUUGGGCUCUUUCUUCUGGAAAAUAUGUUGUCCAUCCUGGCUGGGUGGAAGCAUCGGCUUUGCUGUAUCGGAGGGCAAAUGAGCAAGAUUUUGCCAUUAAACCAUAAACAAUCACCACCCUAACCCUUUUGAUAAACUAAAACUGAUUAACAGAGAAUCAAGAAUCACCCCCGGGAUGGAACAACCCCUUAGGUCAUGCUGGGAGCAGCCAAGCCUAAACCUGACCCUGCUUGGCCUUGUUUUGAUUCACAUUUUCCUCCCAUGAAGUGGCAGUUGCACAUUAAAUUGCCUGCCAGUUUUCUUAAGCAUGGGAAUCAACCUUGAGCCCCCAAAGUUUGCCUUCAUGAUGGGUUGUAUCUACAGAAGAGGAAUGAGGUGGGGAAGCUCUGGUUGAGCUUGGUGGUUCUGGUUGGGCGUUGAGGAUUGUUUCCCUAUCAAAUUAGGGGUUUCCCUAUUGAAUAAGAGAGAUUGCUUGCCUGACAAAUCCCAGUCACUUGGGGGGAACAAGGAUUGUGUACAAAAUGCAAGUUUUCAAGAUCCAAAACGUAAAAUAAGAGAUUGAAAUCCAGAGACAAACCCAAGUGAUGCUGGUUGGAACUUGGAGGUAAAUUACAGUAGAUGAUGACAACGGCAUGAAGAGAAAUGUGGGGAUAGAAAACUGUAUAUUGGGGUGGGGGGCUAGCAAGGGAGAAUUGGUCAUUCAAAGCUCGAGGCAAGUACUUGGAUAUAUAGUCGGGUCAUUUUGGGGGGAAAAUGACCGGGCUGGUUUGUGAUGGUUGCCUGGUUGAGCUAACUUUUCAUUGAACUAUUGCAUCCGACCUAAUUAAAUUGGUUUGCCAAAAAGAAAACACCCUGAAUAAACGAAUUUUAAUACACAAAUUAUCCAAUGAAAGAAUUUCUGCCUGA